AUGGACUCCCCGGUCACCACUCCGUUAUUAAACAUAAAUGGCAAUCACUUCCCAGACGAAAUCAGUCGGCUGAACUCCUUCAAGCAGCAGGUGUUUGAUCAAUCCAUUGCGCUAUCUCACAGUCGCAUGAAUGACUCGACUGAAUUAAAGUGUGCAUUGUUCAAUGGCGAUGGGUCCACGGUUUUCAAAGAGACCCUUCUCACAAAAGCCCAAGUGGCCCAGCAAUAUGGCAUUGAUGCUCGCGAUUUAAGGAACGCGGAUCUAGUCUCCGAAGGCAUUCCCCAUAUCCUGGUCCGACCGUCUGCGAUAUUCGUCAGUGUUUUCACACUGCGACUUUUAAUCCAAUGCGACCGAGCGCUUCUCUUCCUUCUUGAUUCAGAGACCGAUGGCGUGAAAAUGCAAGAUGUGUUCGAGCACAAUUUGCAAAGUAGAGUGAGAACCGAACAGGGCUCGGGACUUACGCCUGGCCUCCCUUUCGAAUUACGCGUUGUGGAUGCAGCCCUCGCAUCUGUCACUGCAAUUCUUGAAGCCGAACAUUUAAUCCUCAGCGAUGAGGUUGAGAAGCGUCUCGAAGAUUCCAAAAAGGAAGAUACCGUCCACUUGGCUCUACGUGAUCUGCUGGAGCAUGGAAAGCGACUGAUCACCAUUGAGCAGCGGGCCCGCCAGGUCCGCUCUGCUCUUCAGGAACUUCUGAAUAAUGAUGAUGACCUUGCAACUAUGUAUUUGACAGAUCGACAGGCGGGGAAACCACAUGCCGUUGAAGAUCACCAAGAAGUCGAAUACUUGUUAGAAGCGUACUAUAAAAAUGCAGAUGCCAUAGCCGAAUCUGCUAGUGCGCUUGUGGCCGAGGUCAACCGUACCGCCAGAGCCAUAAAGUCGAUUCUGGACGUUCGCCGAAAUCAGAUCAUGAUUUUCGAGGCUCAUCUCGAGAUUUGGAUGCUAGGCUUUGCUGUUUCGACCUUUGUGGCUGGUCUCAUUGGAAUGAACGUGAUCAAUUUUAUGGAAGAAAUUCCUUAUGCAUUUGCAUGGCUUGCAUCGGGAUGCGCUAUAGCGACUCUACUCAUCUCGAGAGUUGGUAUGUGGCAGCUCAGAAAGUUUAGGAAAAUGCGGCUUUAG